AUGACCAAGGUACAGGUUGUGAAGGUAAGUGGCGUGGCUCUGAUCAUAUGCAUUGUGGCGUUGGGUACACCCUUAUUGGCCAUGGCCACAUUGACAUGCUGUGACGUGAAACCUGUUUUGGAAACAUGCGCGUGUUACGUUAAAAGUGGUGGAGACACGGUUCCAACAGAUUGUUGCUACGCGGUUUUAGCAUUGAGAGACCAAGUCAUGAACUGUAGCCAGAGUCGCCGCAUAGCUUGCCAUUGCCUUCAAGAUGCUGCUCGAAGACAACCUUAUAUUAAUGCUACAGCUUAUGCUGUCGUUCCUGACAAGUGUGGCGUUCCCUUGCCCUUCCAAUUCUCCUACAGCAUGAACUGCGACCUCCUGUGA